AUGAUGGGAUCCGGCGUAGUAGCCAAGUGUUUUCCCUCUUCCUGCCAAGUACUUCCCCUGCCCAUACACUGUGCACCGCCUGCUCACACCUCCUUCCCGUUCUGCCCCUCCCUGCUUCUGUUCCAUCCUGCUCCUCCCCCUCGCUGUUUCCCAUUGCACACCUCUCGUCUCCCCCCUCCACGUCUCUGGUUUCUCCCCCUUCGCUGCCUCCGUUCCAUCCCUCCCCACUCUCUUCACCCUCUGCCCACCUCUUUGUCUUGGCCUCCACUGGGCCAGCCCCUGGCCUUUGCUGCUCCUCUCCUUGCCCUGGGAACUCCCCUGGCCCCCCUUCCACCUGCUCACACCCUUCCCCUGCUGCCCGUUUCCCUUCUCCACGCCCGCGACCGUGUGCGGCCUUCGACCGAGCAAUGGCCGUGCGCACGCGGUGGUUCUUUCAGUGUGCAAGCCCCCUUGUUUCUUGCAUCGUGUACCCUUGAUAUCUCCCCUUUUUGCCCCUCGCUGCUUUUCUCCGCACCCCUCCUCCCCACCCUCCAUGCCGGUCUCUCCCCUCCCUACUUGUUGUUUGCUUUCUCCGCCCCUCUUUUCUCCACACCCAGCCUUUUUCUUGAUCCAUCUCCGCUCAUGGCUUUCCCCUCGCUACCCUCUCCUCUCCCCCUCCCUGCAGCCCUCUUACCACCAUCCGUGCCCAAUUUUUCCCCUCAACCCCCCUAA